ACCUAAAGAUCACAAGAUCACAAGUGCAUUUGUAGUUGUGUUUUAUUGUGUGUAAGCUUGUUUUUCUCUCUGCUAGUGAAAAUGAAUAAUCAAAUUGUAGAGAAGAACAACAAUGUUGAAGCUGAGAAACCAAUUGCUCCUCCUUCCAACCUUGAAAGAACUACUUCUAUUGAUAAUGAACCAAAAACUUUACUUCAAGAAGAAUUAGAUUUAGCAAGGGAAGAAGCUCUGAAAGUGAUCAACACUCACCCAAAAGAGGAAGCUCUGAAAAUAUUCUUGAAGGGGUUGAAGCCUGUUACAAUUUCCAGACAGACGCCAGAGAAUGCUGUUGAGUAUGAUGACGAAGAUGAUUAUGAAGACGAUUACGAAGACGACUUCGAAGACUACGAAGAUGAUGAGUAUGAUGAAUGAAGAUUCCAUUGAAAUGGAAGCAAAAUCUAGAAAAGUACUUUUUAUUAAAAUAAAAUAAAUCAAUUUGCUUGUGGUUUAUUAUCUCUAAACAGUUUAUUGGCACCUUUGAUUGGGAUAUGUUAUUGAUCUGUGUUUGGUUCUUGGAAAGUUUGUCAGUGAUAUAUUUCAAUUAUCUUUGUAUUAUCUCGUGUCCUUUGUGGAUUUAAAUUAAAAUAAAAUAUGUAUUGUUGAUUUGAUCA